GUGUUUUGUCCUGCUGUACCCCUCCACCCUGCAGAUUGCCCCUCCCUCACAGUACAGGUGGUUACAUGGUGUGGUAACACGCCCUCUCCCGCUUUAUCCCCCUUUUCUCUCCUCCCCUUCUCCUCCCCUUCUCCUGGUGUAUAGCAGUCAGCCCAGACAAUCGUGGUCUCAGUCUAGUCAACUAGAGAGAGAAUACAGCACAAGACCUCUGGAGUACCACUGGCAACGGGACGUUUUUUUCUGGAUCAGUUUGCUUUCACAUACAUACACACUCACAUUUACAUACAUACACACUCACAUUUACAUACAUACACACUCACAUUUACAUACAUACACACUCACAUUUACAUACAUACACACUCACAUUUACAUACACAAUCACAUUUACAUACAUACACACUCACAUUUACAUACAUACACACUCACAUUCACACUUUCUUCCACACACACAGACUCGAAGCGACAGCAUGUUGGUGAACAGGGUCUGGCAUGUGGUGUGUGUGCUCUGCUGUGUGUGUGUGUCGGUGUGUGUGAACACAGAGGAAUAUGAAGUGAACUACACAGACAACUACGAAAACGAGAUUACACAGGACCAACAGGACGGGGACUCCCCUGUGACUACCUGCCAGGCUACAGAGCUCUCUCGCUGGAACAAACUCUUUGUGGCUCUGGAGGACUCCCACCAGAGGGAUAUGAUGCUGAUGGAAGCCCUGGAGCAACGCUGUGGAACCCCAGGAGUCUGCCAGCAGUGCCUGCCCGCCAUCGAGGCAGUUUGCCGGGGGCAGGCAGAGCAGGCGAGCCCCAGGCUCCAUCGAGGCCUAGUGGAGCUGAAGGAGGAGGUAACAGAACGAGAGGGGAGGAUGAAUUCUUCACUACAGCAGAUCAGACAGGAGGGAGCAGAAAGUUAUGGGAGGAUGAUGGCUGUGUUACAUCAUCUCCUUCAGAACAGCAAAGAGCAGAACCAUAGACUACAUCGAUUGGAGGAGAGUAAGCUGAGAGGGGAGGUAACAGAAGGGGCUGGAUCUAUAGGAGCCGGGCAUAGAGAAGCAGAGCCAAUCAGGACAGGGCAUAAAGAGAGUGGGUUUAGGGGAGGGGCUUAGUGGGACAGGUGGACCAAUAGGGACGAGGCCUGGCAGUGUAGGGGCGGGUCUCGGACUGGGUUUGGGCAUGAAGCUGUUCAUGCACAAAGAAACAGGAAGUGACAUCAUCGCCAUCACCGGACCCGGGAAAGAUUGAGCGGCCUCUGGUUGCUAUAGCGAUGGAAAAGCAGAAGGUGCCGACCCAGCUGGGCCUAAUAUCCUCUGUAGGGAACGAAGGAUAAAAAAAGACGAGGAGAAAUGAAAGGAAGGAUGUCUGAUGGAUAUUGUCCUCUAUCAGGGACUGAAUUAAAACUACAUUAGUAAAGCUAAACAAUUGCCUUGAAAUAUGUUUAGUAAUCUUUUUAAAUUCUGUAUAAUUAAAGGAAACGCUCUGUGACUCUAAAUG